CCCUCCCUUUCGGUGUCUCUCUCUCUCUCUCUCUUCAUUCAUUGCCUCUGUCAGUGCCGUGUUGUUGACAUACUCACUCCUAGGCAAGAAGAGGAGGCUGGAACCCGGGACCAUGAGGGGUUGCUGCCGCCCGAAGAACGCGCGCGACAGGGCAGUGUGCAUGAAAAAUUCCCCAACCCUCAUCGUGACGGUUGGACUCCCGGCCCGAGGGAAGACGUACAUUUCAAAGAAGCUAACGCGCUACUUGAACUGGAUCGGUGUGCCAACCAAAGAAUUCAACGUGGGCCAGUAUCGUAGGGAGUGUCUGAAAAUCUACAAGUCUUUCGAGUUUUUCCACCCAGAUAAUGAAGAAGGCUUAAAAAUCCGACGUCAGUGUGCGAUGACAGCACUUAACGAUGUUCGACAGUACCUGAGUGUUGAAGGAGGGCAGGUGGCGGUCUUUGAUGCCACAAACACAACCAGAGAGAGACGAGGGACCAUCGUCAAGUUUGCAGAACAGAAUGGUUUCAAGGUGUUCUUUGUGGAAUCUGUGUGUGAAGAUCCAGAUGUCAUUGCACAGAAUAUAGUGCAAGUGAAGCUGGGAAACCCCGACUACAUCCACUGUAACACCGAUGAGGCUGUGGAGGACUUCAUGAAGAGAAUCAAGUGUUACGAGUAUUCUUACCAGCCUCUGGAGGAGGGUCAGGACAGGGACCUGUCCUACAUCAAGAUCAUGGACAUGGGUCGCCGCUUCCUGGUCAACCGUGUCCUCGACCACAUCCAGAGUCGGAUUGUCUACUACCUGAUGAACAUCCACAUUACUCCGCGCUCCAUCUACCUGUGUCGACACGGAGAGAGUGACCUCAACAUCAAGGGACGAAUCGGAGGAGACUCCGGCCUGUCUGCCAGAGGAAAAGAGUUUGCCCAAAGUCUGAGGAAAUUCCUCCUGGAGCAGAAAAUUAAAAACCUGAAGGUGUGGACCAGUCAGAUGAAGAGGACGAUUCAGACGGCCGAGUGUCUGGGAGUGCCGUACGAACAGUGGAAGUCUCUGAAUGAAAUAGACGCCGGCGUGUGUGAGGAGAUGAUGUACGAGGAAAUCCAGGAGCAUUAUCCCCUGGAGUUCGCGAUGAGGGACCAGGACAAAUACCGGUACCGAUAUCCCAAGGGGGAGUCCUAUGAAGACCUAGUGCAGCGUCUAGAGCCGGUGAUCAUGGAGCUGGAGAGACAGGAGAACAUUCUAGUCAUUUGUCACCAGGCUGUGAUGAGAUGUCUGCUGGCAUACUUCCUGGACAAAACUGCAGAUGAGUUGCCUUAUCUCAAGUGUCCUUUACACACGGUGUUAAAGUUGACUCCUGUGGCCUACGGGUGUAAAGUGGAGUCGGUCUGUUUAAGCGUGGACGCUGUGAACACUCACAGAGACAGACCUGAGAACGUGAAUGUGCGACGCAGCACCGAAGACGCUCUGCAAACCGUUCCAGCUCACUUUUAAUCCCGAUUCAGCCGUGACCUGCUCAUACAGCACCGAACUGGGUCACAGCAACGAUGCUCAACAACUGCCCCGUGGGGCAGAUUCACCAUAGUCUUUCCAGACUGUAACUAUGAAGCACUUUUAGUGAAGAAAAAAAAAAGAAAAAAAAAAACACGUGAUAAUUAACUUUUUUUAUACAUUGCAUUUUGAUGUGACGUGUCCGGUUACUGUAGCUCCAAACUAUUUUUAUAUUUCACUUUUUCUUGGUCAACUUUGUUGAUAUUCUCUGAACUGUCAAGUUUACUGUCGUUAUGAUAUUAUGUACAUUAUGCACUAUGUAAAUGUCCAUGUUUCAACUCGUUUUUCGUCAAACAAAAACAAAACGACGGCUAAGUCUAAAUCAGUCUAAUUUUGAAAUCCCUAAUUUGUGGGUAAAAGACAUUUCUCAUUCAAAACAGUGCAUGAAGAAAGUUUUUUUUUUUGGAAAGUAUGAAUACAUUAAGGUUACGAAAGGACUAAUUCAUGGAGACAAUUAUUAGAAAAUCCAAAUGUAUUUCCGUCACUGAGUUCAUGGAGUUUGUGAAAACACAUGUAAAACUGAUCUGUAACUGAAGAAAACAUCUAUGAGAUACUGACCCUAAAGAAACUGCAAUAUAAAAUUAACUACUGUGAAAAGUUUACUCAUAUACGUGUUGUAACAAAUCACGUUAAAUGAUUUCUAUGGUUUGUUCACUUUUGAGACCACUGCACCUUUUUUUCUUGUUAAUGUUACACCUUUGAUAUUGUGAAAUUUUAAUGCCUUGUUGUUUCCAUAAAUAACAAAUAAACAUAUGACGAGUGAGGGCUGCUUCACACAAAAAACCCCAUCCUGUUACAUAAUGGAUAUGAAUAAUAAUGUUUUUAUUUAUCUUCACUGACAGCAAGUAUUUGACUUUAAACCAUUUAUAAUAGGUUUCCCUCUGUGUAUUAAAAAGAAACAACAUGAAACGUUGAUGAUUGCCCUCGUGUCAAUAAAAUAUAGCAAAUAUGAAAUGUGCAUACGUAGGGCAUUUAAAAAAACUACUAAAAAAAA